UAUCGCCGCGCUGCACACAAGUCACAACACUGCGCGGUGUACACUACUUACUAUAGCACACACACAUAGACAACGAUUCCAUUUCGUCACCGUCGUACGGCAAUACGUUGUUGUACUAGUACGCCGACACUAUUUUUGAGUACUUACUGUCGAUUUCAAUAUUAUACAUUCUAUUCUAUUUUUUUUUUAAUAAUUUAACCAACUCUCUUAAACAUGUCGGACAUUUCCAAGGAAACUCUGAAGAAAGAAAUCGCAGCACUUUUAAAAAGUGCCGAUUUAACCAAAACAUCUGCAAAGAAAAUCCGUCAAGAACUUGAAAAGAAAUUGGAUGCUGAUCUUGAUGACAGAAAGAAAGAAAUAGACGUACUAGUAAUGGAUGCUAUUAAGAAAGCUAAAGCUAACAAGAAAAACGGCAAAGGCGAUAGUGAUGAUGAAAACGAUGAGGAUGAAGAAGCUGAGGACGAAGAAGAUGAAGACGAAGAAGAGGAAGAAGAAGUAAAACCAGCCAAAAAAGCUGCCCCUCCUAAGCGCAAGAAGAGAGAUACCAGUGAAGAAAGUGGUGGAUCUGACGAUGAUGACGGUGACAAAAAUGAUGGUGAUUAUAGUCCGAAAAAAGGAGCAGCCAAAAAGAAGGCACCAGCUGGUAAACGAGGUCGCAAGAAGAAGGAUGAUAGUGACAGUGACGACGACUGGAAGACUGCCAAAAAAGCCGCUAAGAAAAGUGGUGCUAAACGAGGUAAUAGCGCUUACACUAAAGCAAUUAAAUUGAGUCCUGAACUUUCUUCUCUGAUGGGAGCUGAAGCUCUUCCACGUCACGAAGUCGUUAAGAAAAUCUGGGCUAUCAUCAAAGAAAAAAAUCUCUAUGAUCCUUCUAACAAGCAGUACGCUAUUUGCGAUGAUGAUUUAAUGAAGGUCAUCGGAGUUAAACGUUUUAGGACAUUUGGUAUGAUGAAAUAUUUAAAAACUCAUUUUAUACCUUAAUUUUUUUUUUUUUUACCUUCUUACUAGACAAAAAAAAACAAACAAUUUUUUACUGGAAUGAUUAUUCCCCUCCUCUACCCAUAAUUUCUUUUAUCUUAUAAUUAUGACACCCUUUAUGUUUCUUCAUGUAUUUGUGGAAAUUCAUGCUAAUUUUUUUUUUUUUAUGGUAAGAUAAUUUGUUGACUCGAGUAUUAUAAUAAUUUUCCAUUCCUAAAAAAAAAAUAUAUAUAUAUGUAUAUGUAAUAAUAAAACGGUAUAGGCAUAACUCAAAUGUUUAUUGUGUGAAAUUAUAAUUGUUUCAUACUCUCCGCAUUUGUUAGCUAUUAAUUUCUAGCUCUAUGGAUCUUUGAAUGUAAAAUUGUAUUUGUAAACAAUUAUAUUUACAAACAUUUUUGUGUUUUAGAGUACUUUACAAUAAUUUUAAGACAACAAUUUACAUUAUAAAUGCAAUUAUAAUUAAACUAAAUACUUUAA